AAAAAGAGUGGUGGAUGGAGUGACAAAGCUCUCCUGGGAUGAGGACUAAGAGGAGGUGAAAGAGUUAAGCACAGUAUCUAACACAUUUUAAGUGCUAGUAUUGUUAAUCACUAUGAUCAUGUAGAUUCUUUUAAUCCUCUGAAGCAAAUCUAAACAUAAUUCCAGGGUGAGCCUGGGGUAAUACGUAUCUUUUACUUGUUUUUUCAUCAUUUUCCAACUUCCUCUAUGGCCUCCUCCAGCAGACCUGUGGCAGGAAGCUGUGGGUAGAAAGAAUGGGCUUGAGACUAUUCCUUGCAUCCACCCUCAGCCUAUCUUCUCUGGGCACCCCUUUCUCCUGUACUUAUUGGCAUAGAUUUGUCUUCUGACCUCUCUACUUUCCUGGCCUAUAGCUCCCAUGUCUCUUGGAGAAUUGUUUCACUCUCCCACCUCCUCUAGCCAGAUUCUGCCCCUGCCCCUCGCUCCCACCCAGUGUGAAGGAAAGUGUGCUCUAUGCUGGGGCUUAGAGUACUGCAAGAGGAGGGGUAUGAGUAUACCUGGCAGGUCCAGGGAGUUGAUCUUAGAGUUAGUGCCCUGAUCCCUCAGUCUCACCCUUGACGGCUUACUUUGCUAACUAGGCCUGUGGAAAGGGGGAACAGAACAGUGGGUGGCUUCUUGGUUUGAUAGGUGCUAUACAUAGAGAACGAGGCUUGACCAACAUGUCCUCUUGCUCUGCUGUUGCCUGGCAGCUCUUGCUUGGAUGCCCCACCCAGGUUGGACUUUAUUCUUUCUUCACCAGCUUUGCCCUUUCUCUUGGCCCUGCUCUGCCUCCACUGGGACCACUUCCUUCUCUUUCCCAUUUCUCUAGCUCCAGUCCACAGCUGUUGUAGUGGAGGAUGCUAAUGGCCCAGGCUCCCUGGGGCCACCACCCACUGUAUGUAGCAGUAGUGGGGGGUGGCCUGGGCUGGAGGAAUUUGAGUGUUCCACCAGAACAGGAAGGGAAAUGCUGAGCUCUGGCAUCCCCUCCCUUUUCCACCCCCAGCUGCCUCUGUUUCCUCCCUCAUUCCCCCCUGCCCUCCCCUGGCUUCCUGCUCCCUUUGGCCAGCCUGUGUCCGGUUUGGAUUGAUCCAGACCUCCUCUUAUCUCCCUCCUUUCCUUCCUACUCCUUCAUCCUCCCCUCCCACCCACACUUUACUCCUGCCCAGAUUACUAGCUGUGUAGGGCAGGAGAGAGGGGCACGCGUAGCCCUACCCCUGCUAGAGUCCUAGGUUGGGGCGGCAGUGAGGGCUCAGCCCUUCUGAGCCUGUGAGUCAGCACUGUCCUUGGGAUUGGUCUUUCCCCUUAGCUCCCCGCCCCUGGGAGGAGCCAGGCAGCUUUGGGUGCAGCCUGUUCUCUUCUCAGCCAGAGAAGAGGCUCCACGCUGGGCGGGGAUGGGGCCUGAAACUGUCUGGGUCUGAGCUGGGGGAGCGGAAGCCACUUGUCCCUCUCCCUCCCUGGCACUCCUGUGAUUCCUGGGCCACAGAGGUCCGACCAGGCUAAGGGGCUGGGAAUGCCCCCUGCCUGGCCCCCUUGCCUGAACUGGCAGGGGGGCCGGGCCGGGCAGCAGCUCCUAUCUCACCCCAGCCAUGGAUCUCCUGCCCCCCAAGCCCAAGUACAACCCACUUCGGAAUGAGUCUCUGUCAUCGCUGGAGGAGGGGGCUUCAGGGUCUACCCCCCCGGAGGAGCUGCCUUCCCCAUCUGCCUCGUCCCUGGGGCCCAUUCUGCCUCCUCUGCCUGGGGAUGAUAGUCCCACUACCCUGUGCUCCUUCUUUCCCCGGAUGAGCAACCUGAAGCUGGCCAACCCGGCUGGGGGGCGCCUGGGGCCUAAGGGGGAGCCAGGAAGGGCAGCCGAAGAUGGGGAGGGGAUCGUAGGGACAGCCGUGCCGGACUCAGGCUCCCUGCCCCUCCUCCAGGACAUGAACAAGCUGAGUGGAGGCGGCGGGCGCAGGACUCGGGUGGAAGGGGGCCAGCUGGGGGGCGAGGAGUGGACCCGCCACGGGAGCUUUGUCAAUAAGCCCACGCGGGGCUGGCUGCAUCCCAACGACAAAGUCAUGGGACCCGGGGUUUCCUACUUGGUUCGGUAUAUGGGCUGUGUGGAGGUCCUGCAGUCAAUGCGCGCUCUUGACUUCAACACCCGGACUCAGGUCACCAGGGAGGCCAUCAGUCUGGUGUGUGAGGCUGUGCCAGGUGCUAAGGGGGCGACAAGGAGGAGAAAGCCCUGUAACCGCCCACUCAGCUCUAUCCUGGGGAGGAGUAAUCUGAAAUUUGCUGGAAUGCCAAUCACUCUCACCGUCUCCACCAGCAGCCUCAACCUCAUGGCCGCAGACUGCAAACAGAUCAUUGCCAACCACCACAUGCAAUCUAUCUCAUUUGCGUCCGGCGGGGAUCCGGACACAGCCGAAUAUGUCGCCUAUGUUGCCAAAGACCCUGUGAAUCAGAGAGCCUGCCACAUCUUGGAGUGUCCUGAAGGGCUUGCCCAGGACGUCAUUAGCACCAUUGGCCAGGCCUUCGAGUUGCGCUUCAAACAAUACCUCAGGAACCCCCCCAAACUGGUCACCCCCCAUGACAGGAUGGCUGGCUUUGAUGGCUCAGCUUGGGAUGAGGAGGAGGAAGAGCCACCUGAUCAUCAGUACUAUAAUGACUUCCCAGGGAAGGAACCCCCUCUUGGGGGGGUGGUAGACAUGAGGCUUCGGGAAGGAGCCACUCCAGGGGCUGCUCGGCCCACUCCUCCCAGUGCCCAGACACCUAGCCACUUGGGCGCCACUCUGCCCAUAGGGCAGCCUGUUGGGGGAGACCCAGAAGUCCGCAAACAGUUGCCGCCUGCACCACCCUGCCCAGCAGGCAGAGAGCUCUUUGAUGAUCCCUCCUAUGUCAACGUCCAGAACCUAGACAAGGCCCGGCAAGCAGGGGCUGGGCCCCCCAAUCCUGCUAUCAAUGGCAGUGCACCCCGGGAUCUCUUUGACAUGAAGCCCUUUGAAGAUGCCCUUCGGGUGCCUCCACCUUCCCAGUCAGUGUCCAUGGCUGAGCAGCUCCGAGGGGAGCCCUGGUUCCAUGGGAAGCUGAGCCGGCGGGAGGCUGAGGCUCUGCUGCAGCUGAAUGGGGACUUCCUGGUCCGGGAGAGCACAACCACACCUGGCCAGUAUGUGCUCACUGGUUUGCAGAGUGGGCAGCCCAAGCACCUGCUACUGGUGGACCCUGAGGGUGUGGUUCGGACAAAGGAUCACCGCUUUGAGAGUGUCAGUCACCUCAUCAGCUACCACAUGGACAAUCACUUGCCCAUCAUCUCUGCGGGCAGCGAACUGUGUCUACAGCAACCUGUGGAGCGAAAACCGUGAUCUGUCCCAAUGCUCUCUUGCAGAAGAUGCCCUCCAGCCCCUUCCACCCUGUUCCCUAACUCUCAGGACCUCAUUUGGGAGUUUUCUAUGGGCUUGGCCUUGUAUAGAUGCCGGGAAUAGUGUGGACACUGGGUUUGAUAUCUAGCUGUGUGAGAGGGUUUGAGUCAGGAGUCUGAGGUAGAAUCCUGCUUCUCCCCAAACAUCACCAAAGUAUUAAUGUACAGAGUGGCCCCUUACCUGGGCCUUUCCUGUGCCAACCUGAUACCCCCUUCCCUAAGAAGGUGAGUGCUUGUAAUGGAAAAUGUCCUAUGGUGACAGGCCCAGUGGAGCAAUCACCCUUCUGGGGAAGAGGGAACGAACCACACCUCUGGUCUACCCCUGAGUUUCAGGGCACCCCAGACCCCUUUGAACAACCCUCACCCCAGUGUUUAAACUUUGUGCCUUUGACCAUCUUCUAGGUCUGAAGAUAUUUUAUGCAAAGAGUUCUCAGGCCCCUAAGUUCAAUGACAGGGGUGCUGACACCUUGGCUUCUGGGACCCUGCCUUCUCCUUGCUCAGCACACCCUCCAGUUUGGGUUGGGAGAACAGAGGCAGGAGUGGCAGCUGUCCCCUCUCCCUGGGGAUAUGCAACCCUCAGAGAUUGCCCCAGAGCCCCCCUCCCGGCCAGGGGGGAGAUGGACCCCUCCCUUGCUCAGUGCCUCCUGGCCGGGGCCCCUCACCCCAAGGGGUCUGUACAUACAUUUCAUAAGUCCCACCCCUAUGUUGCAUGCUUGUUAUACUCUACAGCCAAAGUGCAGCCCGUCCUCCAGUAGCCUCGUGCUGCUUCCCCCUUCAUCCCCUUCUGGGAUGAUAGGGGGCGGUGGACUGAAUUUGGGCCUCCUUUACAGUUAACUCUCCCAGGUGGAUUUUGUGGGGCGGGAACAGGGGCACCGAGACUCUAAAGCAGUAGACAAUCCUUAAAUACCAUCUGUAGAUUUGGAACUGCAUCCAUUCUUUUUAUUUUAUAUGCAUAUAUUUUAGGGCUGUAGAAUUACUUUCCUAAUUUUGUUUUCCAUGGUUUAUUCUUGAGCACAAAGUAACAAUAAUCGAUUGCAUUUAUACACCACUUCUUUGACUUUUCCAAGCCCAUUUACAACUAUUGGCAUUUUCCUCACCCUGGCCUGUGAGGUAACUUCGAUCAGGAGCAUUAUCUUUUAUACAAGGGAGACCUGAGGCAGAAAUUGAUUUCGAGCUAGAGCCAGAAAAACUUAGGCCUCCUUCGGCGAGGCUGGGAAGCAGAAGUUUGGCUGAGUGCGUGUGACAGUUCCCCGAAGGGGAAACUUAAAACCUGCAGUUACUGAUUACCUUCUACUGGCCAGGCCCCGCACUUGGCACUUGGCGCGGUGCGGCCGCGAAGAGAAGCCGGCAGCACUCUUUCUGUAGGCCUUGCGGAUAGGGGGAGUUGACUUUUCAUCCAGGCCUUCUUUUUUGUUGUUGUUUGGAUGUUUUCACGGGUCUCACUUAUACCAAAGGGAAAAAUAAUCAUUAAAGUCCGUAUUUCUUCUA